UCUCCACAGCGAGGCACAGACUCCGAUAGGCGGUGCAGGCGAGGAGGGAGGUGGGUGCCCUGGAGGAGCCCCCGGGAUCUGGCAGCACCGCCGGCACUGGGGCAUCCACCCGUGGGGCACAGGGAGCCGGGUUCAGCCUGAUCCCACAUCAGGCAGGAAAGCUCCUCACAGCUCGGCCAUGGGGCCCCCCACUGAGCUGCUGCGGGGCCGGGCAGGCCCGGAGGCCUGGCGCAAUGAGGCCAAGGCCACGGUGAGGGCAGCACACCAGCUGCGGGGGCGCUGCUGGCGGGAGGCGCUGGCACAGUGGCGCCCACCGCACCCCCCAGGUGAGCCUCAGGAGACACCCUACGAGCGCCGCACACGGCUUCAGGGCUGGCGCUUCAAACUGGACGUGACGGAGGCUGGUGAGACACUGGAGAAGCCGCCCGAGGGGCCGGGCAUCACACUGUGGAAGAGCAAGAUGAAGCCCCCACCAUGGGUGAGCCAGCUGCCCCUGCCCUGCUUCCGGGACCACUGCGCCAGCCAGAGCAACGGGCUGGCUGCCCGCUAUGCCAGCGCUGUGCGCCUGGUGGUCAGCCGGCUGCGCCAGGCGCUCACCGAGCUCAAUGAGCAGGCCAAGCGCCUCAACCUGGCACGCCAGCGCCUCGAUGCUGCCCUGGCCAAGGUUCGCACCGCGCUGCUCACCAACCAUCAGAGUGCCCUGGUGCGCGGGCACCGGCCCCCAGCUGAGCAGGCCCCAGACCAAGUUGACGCACUGCUGCGGUGGGAACGCAAGGAGCUGCAGAGGCUGAAGGUGGAGCUGGAGGGAGACAUGGACAUGUCGGAGGCGCACCUGAAGGCGCUGGGCAAGUGCCAGCACACCCUGAGCAUGCUGUGCCAGGAGCGAGGACAGGUGCUGGAGCUGCUGGGGCAGCCGCUGCGCAUGGUGCUGCUGGAGGCCGAGCGCGAGUCCUGGCUCAGCCUGAGCCGGCCCUCGUCCCCCUUCGUAGUGAGGAACCCCACCCCGGAGCCCAGCCCUGUCGGGCCCUACACACCAGAGUGCGCGGCGGCCAUUGAGGAGGCACGGUGCCUGACCCUGCGCUCCAAGGAGGUGCUGGCCACGCUCAAGGCAGCCACAGCCCAGGCCACGGCCUCGCGCCACCAGGCCCAAGCGGCCUUAGAUGGCAGCCUGCAGCGCAAGAUGGACGAGACUCUGGCGCUCAAGGAGCGUCUCUACAUGGCUUUGGGGGGCAUGCGCAGCACCCUGAACCGCUGCCAGCGCUUCCACGGGGAGCUGGACAUCACCCAGGGCAUGACCAUGGGCCCUGAGUCCAGCCAGUACCUGGAGGCACGGGAGAAGCUGACCAGGCCCCUGGUGCGGGUGUACCAGCGCCAUGUGGGCACCCAACUGCCUGAGGCCCAGAUCCUCACCCAGGGCAGCGUGCAGCUGGAGCGCUCCAUGCAGAAGGCAGCAGCCAAUGUGCAGCAGAUGCAGGCCACCCAGCGGCACCUGCGCGCCUCCAUCCGUGACAAGGAGACGGGCUUCCACGUGGAUGCCAGCGUACAGCGCCUGCGCCGCCGCCGCAUGCACCCCCGUAGCAGCCUGGCGGAGGCCUGCCAGCUACUCUGCUCCUAGGGGGCCCCCAUAGCCAGAGUAUGAGAAUAAAAUCCCAGAGACCUUUGA